ACUCUAGAGUGAAACAUAGGCUACCGUUGAUAUUUCCAGCGGGUUUAAGGCAGUGAAUCUCUCUCUCCAUGGCUCUCUCUGUCUCUUCUUAUCUAUCAUUUGUUUCUACUUCUUCAUCUGGUUAUGGUUUCUCUUCAGAAUCAAGAGCUACACCAACUUUCAAGUUAUUUAGGCCUUCUUCUCUUUUAGUUAACACACUCCCAAGAAGAGUUACUUCUCGGGGUCCGUAUUCGAAAAACUUCUCCUUUUCCAGAAGCAGCAGGGACAGCUCCAGGUCAAGGACAACAUUCUCUGUCAUUCCGAGAAGUAGUGGUUCUUCAUCUUCUGGAGGCAGUGAAGAUGAACCGAAAGACUCUGACAAGACCAAGGUAGAGUUUGGAUAUUCAAGGAAGGAUGUUUUGUUGAUUGGGGUUGGAGUGACUUUGCUGGGCGUUGGUUUAAAAAGUGGGCUGGAGUUUGCUGGAGUUGAUCCGUUACAAGCUGGAAAUGUUGUUCAGUUGGUUCUCGUCUUGGGACUGACACUUGGAUGGAUCUCUACGUACAUCUUUAGAGUCUCAAACAAGGAAAUGACAUAUGUUCAGCAGCUACGUGACUAUGAAGACAAAGUCUUGGAGAAACGAAUAGAGGGGCUGACAGAGGCAGAGCUCGUAGUAUUGCUGGAGCAAGUUGAGGAGGAAAAGCAGCAGCGGUUGGCUAAAGGGAAAAAGGUCUAAUGAAGCUCCCAUAUCCUAUUAUCCUCGUAAGUUUUAAGUUUGUAUUUAUCACAUUUUAUACACGUGGGGCAACAAAAUAAGACACCUGUACAGAUAAUCUCCGUUUCACUAAAAUGAUAUGCAAGUUAUUACAUUCGAAACAAUGAGCACUCAGUAUUUGCUGACCUGGAACUCUUAACUAUAAUCUUUGGAUUUAUGAA